AUGGAUUCAUCUAAAUCCCUAGACUGCAAUCUGUCACAAGUAGACAAUCUGGAGGAAACCAAGAUCCAGUGUCACAUCACACCCAGUUGUCUGCCAAAGAGAGAUAGCCCUUCGGAGGACUGCACCAAAAAACGCAAGUUUGAAAUAAGGGAUAAUUCCGAAUGCCCCUCUCAAGAACAAGGAGUAAAAGAGAAAAAACAAUGCGUAGACUCCAAACCAGCUAUCUAUAAAUACGAGGCAUUACACAAUGAUAAAUCUUUAAUACCAGCCGAGAUAUGGCAUUAUAUCUUCACACAAUGUACAAUCAAAGAUUUGGGUGCACUACUCAAGGUCAAUCAGUUGUUCAACUCUUAUCUAGAUGCCAACUCAGUAUUCAAAAGAACUGUAUACAGACAAUCUCAGUCUUUUCUCAAAAUAUUAGAGCCCGACAUAAUCUGGAAGGCGUCGCGAAAGGUCACCAACUCGCCAUGCCUUCCAACACCACCCGAAGAUAAGACAGAGCUGGAUAUGUAUAGGCUUGCUUAUGGGUCUUUGUGUCAAGAAUGCGGGAAGCAAGGAAAAAUACAAGUGGUAGAUGCUAAUGAUCCAUGGCAUCCUGGCCCAGGUGAAAAUGGGGUUGUUCCGAUUUGGUCAUUUGGAGUUCGUCUCUGCGGGAAAUGUCUGGAAACAAGCACAUCUAAGGUAAAUGUAGAAAGUGAAAUGUUACUCUAUUCAGAAUUACGAUCUACAUUAUUAACCGCCCUACCCUCCAUUUUCCUAUCAAAUGAGCUACACAUUGUUCCAUCAGUAACGCUUAAAAAUAAGCUGCAAUGUAACAAAAUUCACAUUUCAAAACGAUUUUCCAGGGCCCAAAUCCAAGAAAUUAAGAAAGAGUAUGAAGAGGUUAGUGCGAUGGGUGGAGCUACUGUAGAAGAAUGGUUAAAAGGUUUAGAUAGCCGCGGAAAAAGACGGCGGAACGAUGCCCUUAGAUGGGAAAGAUGGCAGCAAAGUGGUGGUCUGGACCGCCUUAAACCCCAUUGCACCGCCGGAAAGGCUAAUUCUAGCAAUAUUUUCAGUCAUUCCAAGACCCAAGAAAAAACAAAGGGAGAUCUAUUAGAUAAAUGUAUAAGUGGUCCUCUAGGACUCUCUUCCGACAAUAGAGAUUUCAAAUUAGUGGAGGAAAUUAAAUCUACUGACUCAAACAGCCCAACAAUCUUAGAACCAAUCCAAAAUGGAUAUAGCCACUUUACUUGGCCACAGCCCCAACCAAAGCAUGACAGAACUAAGAUAGAAAUUGCUGAGAUGAAGGCGGCCCGAAAAGCAGAAAUAGAGAGAAGGUGUCUGACACUUAAUCCGCCAUUACCCGCUGAAGAACUUUUUUCAAUGGCCUCAUUUCAAGCUGCCAUUCAGAUAAUUCAACCUUUCACUGAUAACGCUUGGGAACUACUUAAACCUCGCUUGGUUUCUCAAAGGGAAGAAACUAAACAUAGAGAACGAGAAACCUUUCUAGUUGAGCAAAAAACCAUGACUCAGCCGUCCAAGAAGGAAGGCAAAAAUCCAACAGGCCGAGUUAAAGAAGACUCUCCAACUCCACUCCUCACCAAGAUUGGGGGCUUCGCCGACGACUUCAUUAGAGAUGAAUGGAAUGGGGGUGAAAGAGUAUGGUUUGAGAAUAGUCCUCUAUUUGCUGCAAGAGUUUUGAUACAUGUCCGCAAACGUUUCUACACUGGUAAAACGGAAAAGGAUGUCCAUCCACACACUACACGUCAGAUAUCAGCAGGCUUGCCUCCCAAUAAAAAAUUAAGCUUGGAAAAUAUGAAAUGGGUUUUUGAUACUAAGGUUAAACCAAUAACCGACAAAUUUCGAAAGACCCUUUUCCUAUGUAAUGCCUGCGAUCUAGCCACCAGAUAUUACGGGUUUGAAGCGGUUAUCCAGCAUUACGCAGCGAAACACACCACUCAACUCAGUUUGGGCAAACUAGUUGUUUGUUGGAAAUCUGAGUGGCCCGAAGAAUCACCAUUUAAACCUAAUCCUUCCUCUACGCCUCUCCAUCCUAUAUACAAUUUUGGUCCUUCAGCAUCUACUGAUCCCAUACUUACUCGUGGGCAUUCAUCUGUUCCCGACUUUUCUCUUCUGGGCUCUUCAAUUAAAAAUUGCGCUAAAGAGACACAUGGUGCAUCUAAUUCGAUUUUACAACAUAGGGAUUCAGAAAAAAAAUGUCGUAGUUCUCGAACUGGCAUUACUGAACAAACCCAAUAUGGUACACAGGGAGUUACCUCAUCAAUUCGUUCAGAUCAUUGUUCAGAAUCAUCAACUCAUCAAAGCUCUAUCCCACCUACAAUUUGUAAAAGGCAGGAAAAUGUUGAAGACACGCCUUUUUCAACUAAUCAACAUGUUAUUACUUUGCAGGAAGAUAAUGAAUACAACAAGCAGCUCCAAAACUUCGCAGGUCAUAUUAGAGACAUAUGGGCAUCUAUAGGCAGCUUAAAAAAAAUUCCUGGUACAUUCAAGGCUUACACUCUGGUCUUUCAUAUUAUCAAAAGGUUCAAGGAUUGUUUUAAACAAAAUCCACCGCUUAUAUUGUUAAAGGAUGUUCUUCAUCAAAAAGAUAUGCAUCCAGUCAGGAAUAUUCACGGACUUCUAUGUGAAGCUUGUUCCUCAGCUGCUAUGCGAAAAACUGAAACGUCUAAUCCUGAAAAAAACAUGUUCUCUUUUUUUCAACUCGUAAAACAUUUUCAUUUGGUCCACGAGCAGAACGACUCUUUCAAUCAGGCCAAUCUCACCAUAGAUUGGACUCAUGAAAUGGUCAAACUCUCUGAGCUGGGCAAGAUUUGUUCUAUUAUUGAAUCACCUGGAAUCGACAAGAAUCGGCUUUCACUAUUUGUGGAAGCAAUACCUCAGCUUACUGCAAAGAUGAAGUCAAUUACCGAAAACGAAAAAAGAACUAAUACCGAUUCCGUGAAUAUUGUCACAAAAAAUAAUACACAGUCAAUUUCCAUUCAGGAUGCCAGCCAUGAGAGCUCAGUCACUUCUGUCAAAAAAAAUUUAACAGGAACCAAUAGUGCUGCAAAUAAUAAUGGGGAAACUAAUCUUUCAAACCCUAUAGAAGCCAACCGCCGACCUGGGAAAUCAGACAUAAAAUCUCAGCAUCCUCCUCAACAAAUUGAGGAAUAUCAUAAAGCUUUAUAUUCAAAAUCUUGUAAUUUUCCUAUGGAUAAAAAGACUGCCAUAUCACAUAAACCUAGCAAACGUGAUCUGAACCACAGGGAUGAAAUAGCUACAUUAAAUAUUCAAAAAAAUAUGUUGAAUUAUACUCGGGAAGGUGGCAAGUAUUUUAAUCAGCAAGAACCUAAGGCGAACCAAACUGGCUCCCGCAGUCUCGACCCUAGCCGGGAAAUUAAGGAGCCAAAUCCCCCUAUCUUUAUGACAGCUAAAGAUGGUCGCAAUAAGAUGAAAAACGUUAUAACCAUAACUGACACGGCCGAUAGAAGAAAUGAUCGAACUUUAAAUGUAGUUGUACAGGUUUCUCAGCAACAGCAACCAAGUCAAGGACGAAGACUCGAUGCUAGGGGAGAACUUUCCUAUCCCGAAUUUUCCACACAAAAUAGAACUCAGAAUAUUAGAGGAGACAGGCUUCAAAAAUAUGAGUCUCGCACUUCUGACUUGGAUGAUAACUCUUUGUAUUACUCAAGAAUCGAUCAUGAUGUUGGAUAUUCAACAAGCUUACCGGGUCCCCUCCAUAAGCGAUUCGACUAUUAUUCUCGAUCACGGCAUAAUGAAGAAAUCACACGGUCUAGAAAUAACUAUAGCCUUCCAGAGCCAAGCUGUCGCGACACGGGUGAUAUUGAUGAUGAUUGUAUUUAUUUGGGGAGUAAAAGAAUUGUAGAUACUCUACCUAACAAUAUAACUGCUGUCGGACUUGGCCCUCUAGAUCGAGAUCUAACUCAAGGUAGACGACCAUAUGAACUCAAAAACAUACCAAUACCACAUGACCACUCCAUAAAUCUUCAAAAUUCUAGAUAUUCUUUAGAAAAUAAAAAUUUUCGUGAAGGCACGCAUGAUACUAGGGAUAAGAAUACUCACUCGAGUAAUCCGUCAACUAACAAUAGAAGGAUUGAGAAAAUUCGUCGCUCAAGAUCUCCACCAUACAUAAGGACAGACCAACCACCGGGGUAUCAACAAGACGCAUCUGCCAUGUAUAGGGAAAUAUCUCGGCCUUCUAUAGGGCGUGUCGUUUACGAGCGAUCGCCAUCGGAACAAUACUAUAACAGGCUUUAUUCUGAUGAGCCAUCCUACAUGCGCGAGCCUUGGCUUUCAGAGGAAUAUGAGCUAGUAAGAAUCUCUGACCCAUAUAGAGACUAUUCGAUUCGUCGGCCUUCUCGUCAUCGCAUGCACGCUGUAUCCGAAAGUGAACCAUUGUUACAGCCUCCUUUCUAUGAAACAUGUAUAUCUGGACCUGAAGUAGAACGCAGGUUCAAACAAGAAAAUGAGCUGCAAGACUCUGAACCUCCGCAUGUCUAUUCUCAUCGGCGAGCUAGAAAUGGGAUAUAA